AUUUCUUUAGCGAGGUUUUAUUAAACGCACGCGUGGUUACGUUGCGCCGGCGCCGAACGCGCAUACUAAUCGAUGUGUUGACGUGAUCGAUAAAUUUCGCUGUUUUAUUAAAAGUUAAAGUUUUGUUAUUGGGAAUAUAUGAGAUCGAUUCGGUGUACAAAAUGGAGCUUUGGACGUUAAUAUUGUGCGUUAUACCGGUAGUUGCAUCAAUUACAGUAUCAUCGAAUGGAAAUAGUCCGAACAUUAAAAUGAUUGGCGGCAUGAUGGUUGACGUUCAAAAAGGAUUUACACCCAUUAUGAUGUCAAAAACACCAGAAGCCACGACAAAAGUUAACUUAAGAAAAACAAAAUUAAAUAGUAAUUUCACGAAAUUAUCUAUUAAUGAGAGAUAUCGAAGAUUAAUACCUUACAUGACUUUUUACUAUGCUAAUGACUUGGUAUCGUCAACCACUGAAAGUGCUAAAGAUGUUGAAGUAGAAAAGGCUGAAAUUGUUGAAGCAAAAACUAUACAACACCAAUCUGAAUUUCGCCAGCCCAAGAAGAUCUAUUAUAAUUCUAACAGAAAUAUACCCCUUUAUCAGGGUAAUAGAUUAACGCAAUAUAAUAUCGCCUCCGCGAAUCCAACGAAAUAUUUUCAUAAAGGAAUUAGUGCGACGCCCCAAACUAUUAAGAAUUCAAACUUCAAUCCCCUGUUAUCAGAUCACCGGGGCUUGUCAAAUAAUGACUUUGAAUAUGAAAGGAUAGUCCCAAAACCAAUAUUCAAGGCUCCGAGUGCACCAUUUUCGCCACCAACAAGAAGACCAUAUUUAAAUUUUUACGAAAACGAAGACUCUGGUAAUAUUCGAUACUACAUUCCUGAUAAAGACUAUACUCCAAAAUAUAAGUUAGUACCUUAUGAACAGACUCCUCCUGUCAAAGUAGCGCCACAAGUCGAAAAUAUUUACCAUGUUACCAAACCACUCGUUGCAGUUCCUGUUCAAACGCCAAAAGAACAAGUCUACGUAAAACCGAGACCGGUACGACCUGUUUACGUUUAUGACAAUAUUAACAUACCACAAUCAUUAGCAGGCAGAAAGCAACCAUCAAUAGUUUCAGAAAGUUACUAUGAGAAGCAACGUCCACAUAGCCCAGUAGCACAACCAGUCAUUGAAAGUGGAUUCAAACCAAUCCUCAGUACGCCAAUCCAUACCACUCAAUCUUCACUUUAUCAAUCAUCUUUAUCGGAUACACCAAUAAAUCAAUUUGAAUCAGAAAAACAACAGAAAGUUACUGUAAUCGAAAAUCCUGUAGAAAAACCCGAAGAAGGAGUUCUAAAUCCAAAUUAUUUUCAAUACCUAGCCGAUCAACCUACUUACAAACCAACUUAUGCUCAAUCCAAUACGGUUUCUUUGGCAGAUCUACUUAAUUCGUUACAAAUAAAUAAAUCAAUACCAAAACCGAUAACUAGGGAGAAUGUAGGCGCAUCGAUUAUGACACUAUUGCAAGUGUUAAACGCUCUGAAAUCUUUACCACCAAGUGAAGUAGAGACUCCAAUUUUGAGUACGCCUAAACCGUUUAUAGAAAACAAAGCGGUGGAAGUAACAACUAAACCUGAAGUCGUAACACCAAUAUCAAUUGUUACCGAGAAUCCAGAUUUUCAUGAUGAGGCAUAUCUUGCUCCUGUUAAUACCCCUUCACAACAUAUUGAUGAUUUCCCGUCGAGCAUAAGUUCCAGUCAACGAUUCCCACUGCCCAUCACAUCUGAUGAUGAAGGCGGUACACCAGGGCGACCAGGCGUCGAUUAUCCAAUCCUCACAAUCAUCCCACAGACUGCUUUCAAUUGUAAAACUCAACGUUAUAAGGGAUUCUUUGCCGAUCCUGAAACUAGAUGUCAGGUUUGGCAUUACUGCGAUCUGAACGGUGGUCAGGCUUCGUUCCUUUGCCCCAACGGAACUAUCUUCUCGCAGGCGGGGUUGACGUGCGACUGGUGGUUUAAUGUGCGAUGCGCUUCCACUGCGCAGCUAUACGUUCUCAACGAAAGUCUCUACAAGUACAUUUUGCCUCACUCGCCCAAAUUCCCUGAAGAUUACAGUGGCCCCUUAGUAGAUAAAUAUCUAACGCUGAAGUUUAAAGAAAUGGAGGAGCAAUUUAAGAAAAAUAAGCACAAACAGAGUGCUUCUGAAAAAAUGGAUUCAGACGGAACGGAUAAUUCGAAGGAAGACUCUAGUGAGAUCGAAAGCUCAACAGAGCAGGUGCCAGAAAAAAACGCGGUCAGCGAAGCAAGUGUCAUUGUUGGAUCUCCUGGGACCAGCGGCAACGUAGAGAGGUUACAAGAUUAGUAUGUUCAGUGAUAACAAAUUGUAAGCAGACUUAUUUUGGCAUACAUUCGUAUUAGUUAAAGGAAAUAUGAAAAAAGACAACGUAAUAGUGAAUAAGCAUUAAAACAGGGGCUCAACAAGUUUAAAAUUGCAUUAAAAUUGUAGAUACUGCAGUUAAUAGAAAGAAUUCUGAUGGGUCCUCUCCACCAUGAUUUCAGCCAUCAUUGUGUCGUUGUCCACACGAUCGACCAUCCCAUAUUUCUUAAUUGCCACCUGAACUAUAUGAACGCCGAAAACAAGAAGCCAAAUUGUCCUUGUGGAACGUCCUUUUGGAAUAAUUCUAUAAACUUAAAUGGUUAAUUAUAGAUCUUCUGCUUCGACAUUUUAGCAUCGAUUACAGGCAAAACAGCACGCGUCCGCAACGUAUCAUAAAUAAAUACGAACUGAGUGAUCGGUGAUUGUGUGGACACGCGCAUGAUAAUGGCUAAAUUUCCUUUGAUGACUGUCCCGAAAACCGACACAGGGGCAAUUAUACACGAUAACCGCCGAUCAUGGGCCAUUAUAGGCGAUCAUGCCGUCUACACAAUGGUGAUGGCCUGCGUUCAUCCAUCAUGGACCACAGUGUGGAGACGGUGUAAAAAAUAUAUCUAUUAUUAGUAUUUCACUAAAAAUGAUUACUAGAGAACACAGUAUAUUAUUCAGAGAAACAGUAUUAAAAAAUCAGCGGUAUAAAAUUUUUUUGAUAGAUUGUUCUAAAAUUUCGCUUUUCUUUUAUUGCAAUAGUAUAUAUACAUUAUUUUCUAAGGUUAAGAAGUUUGGAACAAGAUGUACACUUUUUCAAAACUACCGGAUCCCUAUUUUGCAUGCUACUUAAUAGUGUACCUAAUGUUAUUUACUGAAUAGGUUAUUUCAUUAGAUUUCACAAACAUCCAUCGUAGAUCCUUUUAAUGUAGCUUACCAUGUUUAUAGUUACCAAUUGAUACGAAAAGUACAAAUACUUUUUGACAUAAUGUGGCAUAUAGAUAGUUUAUACCGUGGAAGAAUGUACGAGAUAAUUUCUAUUAGAUAUAAAAUAUGUUCUAUAAACAUAUCGACCCUAAAAUCGAUGCAAAUGAAAUUGCGAGCAGAUUCUAGUAUUAGACAAAUAAAGGAAAGAACCAAUAAAUAUAUUUGUACGAGUAUGUUAACUUCUAAUUAAUUAUUACGGUCUCAAACUAUAAUUGGUAGAAAGUAGUUAACUGCUAAUGGAGGUUGCACCUGUAAUGGAUAAACAAAAGGUGAGUUGCCUAAAAGAACCUAAAGAGUGUGCCAAUAUUUUUUGUUUUAGUGAAACAGUGUCUUACAAAAAUUAAAUACUUAUUACGUAUUUAUGGACCUAAAAUGUUAUGCCCACAGAAAUAACCUUUGUACAGUUUGCGUAGUCAUGUUUUGUUGUACGAAAGACUAAAUGUCUAGUCUUACCAAUAGUACCUGUAAAGUCUAGCGCUACUACUUGUUGUCAGAAUUAUAACUAUAAAAAUCAUUGGAUCGUCAACAUAUCUAGGAACUGACACUACUUCAAAAUAAAUCUUUUGAGCAUUGUUUUUGUUUGUAAUAAGAUAUAACCUAGGGUUUUCAAUGUGAUGUAACAAUACAUCUAUGAUAUAUGGGAAGUGUACAGUUUUAGGGUUAUUAUUUAUUUUUAUCAAAGUCGGUAGUGAUGUAGUAAGGUUGUCCGAAUAAAUACAAACUUCCGCCUUAUGAUAGAAAAUAUUGGUAACUGUAGGUUUUCAUUAUAAAAAUGAAGUGUGAAAGUGUAUUUAAAUAUAACUAAUAGUGAGCGUAUGAUUUUGCUGUUUACUUUGUAAGGAAUUAAACUUGCCAUAUGUUUAAUUCAAUAUUGUUUUGAAAGAUAAGCUGUGUGCAUACAGUGCGUAUAUUAGGUUAUCACAAAAUGUAAUUUUAUACGAAUUUGAACUAUACUUUUAAGUACGACAGUUUUGUAUAAUCUGACGUGUUGUAGACUGUAUGUACAAUGAUAAAUUAAUUUAUGAUAGAUUUAAAUAUGUAACAAUACUCAUAGUGAUAUUCGUGCAAUGUGUAAAUAGUUAAGUAUCUUAUCUCUGCCAUUAGAUUUUCGACGUAAAAAUAACUAAGGAUUAAGGAAUGUGCAAUAAACUAUUCCAGAUAAUGUGUUGCAUUGUUUUAUUUAGCGAUUAUUACGUGGCCAUAAAAGAAACACUUAUAUCCUUAUAUCCAUUGAUUAUUCUUAUGCAAGUGAAUUAUUUACAGUAUUAUAAUUUCUGAAAUUGAUGUUUUGAAAUAGGUAUAAUGUGAGUGAAACUACUUAUUGAAAAGAAACAAUAAGACCAUUACAAUAUUAAUAUAAAUAAAUAAAUAAGUGGAUAAAAAUAUCCAAAUAUAUUCUACGAGUAAUUGUAAACAGUUAACAGUCCAAAUAUCUCUUGUCGACCACAUUCUCAGAUUGGGACUCAUAACAUCAAUAAUUUAACUACACAAAUAUCAUCAAUUCGUUUACAUCAAUAAUACUCAUACUUAUUCAUAAUAUACAUGACAUGACUGAAUGUUUAAUGAACUUGCAAGAUUAUUAUUAGCUAUUUGAAUGAAUACGUAACUUCCAAAUUAUUAUACAAACUUGAACCAUUAAGCUAAAAUGGUACCUAAAUUACUUGGUACAAUGCAAUUUUGCAGAUAAUACUUAUACAAAAAUAUAAUUUUGGGAUGAACAAAUUCUUAGACAUAGAUAAAAUUUAUUCCAGACGUAGGUACGUACGUGUUGAAAACUUUUGAACACGCCAUUUUUUCCACGAUUACACCUAUCUAAGUGUUAUAUUUACAGCUUAUUUACAGUCAGACACGUCUGCAUUAUUAUACGUCGAUCACAAGCUGUUGCCAUUUCAGUCUUAACAUCAUAUCCCUUUAUUUAGGUAGUGUACAAAAUAUAUUAACACCGUUCAUACAUACCAUUACUUAUCACGAGUUACAAGCGGACAUUUUGAGUAAGUAUAUAAUAUUCGUUUUACAGAUAUUACGUUGUCAAUUUCCUGAUGCUAUAAUUCAACACAAUAUAAUUUAUCAAGUACAUGAUACGGAUCGAUUUAUAAGUAGAUAGAUAGAUGUUCACCGGGCACAUUGAACGAUACAUUUAUACACAAUUUAUCGACAAGUGAAAUGCAAUUUGAAAAAAAAAAACACAACUAAUCAUAAAGUAGAAGCUUUAAGCUUAUCACUAUCAACGGGCAAUUUCCCGAAGAGUGGACUAAGAGUCCUUUAAAAUUACCCUGUUAGUUAUAACGGUAACGUUUAAUCACGAUACUUACCAACGAAUAAACAAAACAAAGGCACAAAAACGUGCUAAUAAAAACUUUUAUAAUACGCUAUCCAAAUGUAAAUGCAAAGAUGCACAAGUAUAUGUAAUACAGAGCCGAGUGGUGCGAGUCGCGAGUAGGGGUCGGGCGGCGUCGAGUCGGCUUAGUGUUUGAGCAGAAGGGCGGCGUGUUUGAGGCGUAGGUGUGAGCGCAGCGUGUCGAUGCGGCUAUAGGUGGCCGGGCAGUAGGGGCACAGCGACCGCUGAGCGGUGUGAGAAUGGAAGUGGUGCCAGCGGUUGGACACUUCCUUGCCGCAAGACUUGCAGCGCCACAGCGCCGCGCUCUCCGCCGCCGCCACGAACAUGCUGUGGUACGAGUACUGGGCGCCAACACUCACCGGCACACCCGCCCUGCGCUCUGUAACCAACCGGACACUACCAAUCCGCUCGCGUACGCCGCUCGACUAGUAAUGCGACUCGAGACUUGUUUAAACUCGAGUCACUCGAGUGAAU